AUGGCCCCGUCGUUCAUCUCCAUGCUCAUGACGCACAACUCAAGUGAGACGCGGGACCUCCUUACAGCGACUCCAGCUGCAACCACUAGAACCAGCCCAAAAGAUUCGGACGUGCGGCUCCCGCACUUAACACCGGGGCACUCGGUCCGGUCGGACGAGGUGCAGUUCGGACUGCCCGUGUUCAAGCACGUGUCUUCCGACCAGCCGACGCAGGUGGGAGCUGAAGCGGAACCGACGCAGGCGGACGGCACUUUUCACUGGGACAACCGACAAAAGGUGCAGGACUUUUUCCGACAUACGGACAGUCCCGGGCACGGGUUUUACGAGACGAGGACCGGGCAUAUUCGGGACCAAAAGAAGCACUUUGCAGAGCUGCCCGACGAGAAGGACGUGCACCAAGACGACGGGGCGAUCGAUAUCCGGACUUUUGUCUUGCAAACAAAUGCGGGCGAGUGUCGGAAAUCCGGCGCAACGUCGUCGACGUCUUCGGAAGAUUUCAACCAACCUGACGAAGGGCGGGGGCCAAUUGCAUCUAGUCGGGGACGACUGCACAGCACUUUGGAAGACCUGUUGACACGUCAGGAGGGAGAGGGAGGAGAGUCAGAAGAGAGCAUUUCACUGAGACGAGAGGAGGAGCGGCGACGACGCUAUGACUCGUUCGAUAUCUUGGCGGACGUGCGACUUGAGGAUGAAGAGAGCGAUAUUCUCAUGGAUGAUGUGGACUCGGUGGACUCGGUGGACUUGGUGGACUGGACGUCACCGAGGUCCCCGACGUACAGCGAUGACUUUUUUUAUGGAGGGGAACUUUUGGAGAUGCUGUCUCAACGGCAUAUGCCCGUGGGCAUUGCUCGACACGCAAGUGUAGCCGACAUGCUUGCUAACCGCGCAUUUGUUACGCCGAACGAAGGUACAGAUGGAGAGCAGAAAUGGAUGCAGUUGAGACCAGAGGAGAGUGCACGACAGAGGACCGAGGAGACGGGUGCAAUGCUAACACGCCCGAAGGAUCUUGCAUCGGACAGGAAUAGUAUUCUAGCUGAGAUGCUUGCAACUCGGAAUGCUUCGCCAACGGCGAGUUUGAGGAAAGUCUCAUUUGACGACAAGACUACGUCGGAAGUCAUACCGGUAGAAGAAGAAGCCGAGAUGCCGUCUGCAAUGCAUGAGACGCUAAGAGCGUCCAAGAUUGAUCCAUUGGCAGCUAUGCUUGCGAAGAGACAUGCACCGUCACCGCCUGCACGAGGUGGUGCAAACGAGGAACUUAGCAGGGCUGCGCAUCCAGCAAUCACGAAGCAGUGCGAGCAAGCACCUGCAGCAAUAGCUGGAGCUAAUGGCAGCAGCGCCGAGAUGGACCAGAUACUGCUGAAGGACCAUCCAGUGUAUCAGAAGUAUUUCAAGAUGCUGGCUGUGGGGCUGCCAUCUGCUGUCGUAAAGCACAAGAUGCAGAGUGAAAGCGUGGACCCCGCUAUCUUGGAUAUGGAUCCAAGCAAGCCCCUGCCUCAGACUGUCGGAGGACGCGUGUUGGACGAAAAAGAUGAGUUAGCUUACCAAGCACAGCUGAAGGAAUACGAGGCAAAGCACGGCAAGUACUCGCAGAUGGUAAAAGUGGGCCUGCCAGUUGCCGUUGUAGAGCACAAAAUGCGCAUGGAUGGAGUGGACCCAGCGUGGUUGCACGGACCGCCAAAGCGACCGGAGCCAAAGGCUGCAGCUACAUCGGAAGUGACGGAAGAGAAGCGAGCUGCACAUCGGAAGAAAUACCACAAGUACUUUCAGAUGCUUCGUAUGGGAUUACCGCGCGGUGCUGUAGAGCAAAAGAUGCGGAUGGCAGGACUUGACCCGAUGGAAUUAAAUGGUCCCCGUGAAGGUGCAAGUCCUGCCGCGCGACCGAAAGAGUCUCUUAAACGCAAGAACUCGAUUCGCAAGAAGCUGCACUGGGAAGGGAAGAACCAUAGGCCACGACGCGACAGUUUGUGGGGUGGUGACAGCAUGGAAGAGACGAAAGAGCAGGUUCAAAUUUCGGACGAGAGCCGCGCGAUGCUGGAGAAGUUAUUUGUGAAGGACUUGACUGAGAGCAAGAAGCCUGAUCUUUCCGCAAAGUCUGAUGGUGCUAUUGCUACCAAGAAGAAGGCUAUGGUUCAGCUUAUUGAUAUGAAGAAGUCGCAAAACAUUGCCAUCACUCUGGCACGUGUGAAGCUAACGUUCUCAGAGCUGAAACGCGAGAUUUUAGCAAUGAACACUGACGUGUUGUCGCCUUCUCAAGUGCGUUCUCUUAUGGAUAUGUGGCCAGAUCGAAAAGAGAUGGAAGCCAUCGAGGCCUUCGAGGGCGAUUUGGCCACAAUCGGCACUGCCGAACAGUUUUUGGUGGAAGUGCGCAGUGUGCCGCGCUUCCACGAGAAACUAGCAUGUCUAGUAUACAAACAGGAAUUUUCCUCGCGAUCACUCGAGCUGCGCGAGUCGUUGGAUCUCGUGACACGAGGUGUGUAUCAGGUGUGCUCAAGCGCUGAACUACGCCAACUAUUUAUUUAUAUUUUGCAGAUCGGUAAUCUGCUCAACUUUGGCGGCGACAACAAGCAAAAGGGUGUCAACGCCUUCUCACUGAGCUCACUGGUCAAGUUUUCUCAGACAAAGGCGUUCGUGGGUGGCACCACGUUUUUGCAGUACGUCGUGCAGUCGAUCGAACGGGACGUGCCCCACCUCGCGCAAUUUGACAAGGACAUUGACCUCAUUUCGAAGUGCAGCAACGUGGCUUACGCUUCGCUAGCAUCGGAGAAGAAUGGGCUGGAAGUCGGUUUGCAAAAGGUGUUGUGUGAGGCGGAAAGUGCCGGCAAGGAAGCGAUGGUUGCAAAUAAUGACUCUUUGAUCCAGUUUUGUAAGGAGGCGAAGACGGAGUUGUCGAUCCUUCAAGGUCUGCUGGACAAAUUAGACGCGGCCAAGGCUCACUUUCUCGAGUACUUUGAGGAAGAAGAUACGGAAGAGGAAUUGGACGUGCUACUCUCUCAUAUUGCCAAUUUCACGACUGAGUAUCGUCGCGAGCACAGCAAGUAUCUAGCCAAUCUGAAAAAGGAUACGACGACGAAGAGUUUAUCGUGCAAGAAUCCAUUGGAUACUGUGGAGCCCAAGCAAGAGCUCAAAGCGCCUGACAGCAAGAAAACGCAAGAUAUUGAGCUGCCGCAAGGAGAAACUGGCCAUCACAGCCAUAACGAGGCAGCUCAUCCGCAUCAGACGGCCAUGCCUCCUCAAAUCGACCAUCCUCAGUCAGUUCGUCGGAUUCACCAUGCCAGGGUGCCCCACCUGGAAACGAUUUCUCAACACGACAACAUGGACGGGGUAUCACUCGCGACACCAGGUGUACCUAGGACUAGUGUCGUCUCGUCAGGUGAACUUUGA